AUGUCUGAAACACAAGUUGAUAAACUUUUUAAACUUUUCCAUACACUCGGAUUACGCUAUAAAGUAAUAAAACAUCCGAAUUUGGUUACGGUGAAGGAUAUGUUGGAAGAACCUUCUUUGGCUGGAUUCCGUGAUGAUUGUAUUCGUAAUCUUUUCAUGCUUGAUUCUUCCAAGCGUUUUUACCUCAUUUCAGCCCUUUACGAUACUGAGGUGAAUUGGAAAGUAUUACGUAAGGGAUUGAAUGUAAAUAAAUUACAUAUGGGUGAUGAGAAUGAUAUGUUGAGUUUACUUGGUGUUGGUAGGGGUAACUUAACACCUUUUUCAGCUAUGAAUGAUACAGAGAAUAAAGUUCGUGUAUUAUUUGAUAUCAGACUGAAGAGUAAAGUGGAUGUAGUGGCACACCCACUCAGCAAUGAUCAGUCAGUGGUUAUGAAAAUGGAAGAUAUGUUAAAAUUCCUAACACAAAUUAACCACUUCCCAACCUUUCUUCCAUUAAAUGACCUUGAUUCUACUACACAUGUUAAUAAUAUUGACAAAAACUCUGUUAAUAGUAAUAACACUGUUAAUAGUGUUAAUACUAAUGAGAAGAAUAAGAAAGGUGAAAUGAAUAUAUUGGGAAUAACUGUAAAAAAACAUGAAAAUUUCGCAGAAUGGUAUUCACAAGUAAUAAUUCGAAGUGAGAUGAUUGAGUAUUAUGAUAUUUCUGGUUGUUAUAUAUUUUUACCUUCAAGUUAUUUUAUUUGGGAAACUUUUAAUGAAUGGUUCAAUAAACAAAUUAAACAAAGAGGAGUUGAAAAUUGUUAUUUUCCGAUGUUUGUAACGAAAGAGAAGUUGGAGGCGGAAAAGACGCAUUUGGAAGGGUUCAGCCCUGAAGUUGCUUGGGUGACUCGUAAUGGUGACGUUGACUUGCCAGAUCCAAUUGCAAUUCGUCCAACAUCAGAGACUAUUAUGUACCCAGAAUUCGCACGCUGGAUCAGGUCACACCGAGACCUUCCACUCAAACUGAAUCAGUGGAAUUCAGUUGUUCGUUGGGAAUUUAAACAACCAACACCAUUCAUUAGAAGUAGAGAAUUCCUCUGGCAAGAAGGACAUACCGCACAUACCACUGAACAAGAAGCUUUAGAUACCGUUUAUGAAAUGCUCAAUCUAUAUUCUAAAUAUAUACUUGUAAUAAAUGUCUUGAUUAUGAGUAGAUUUUAUGAGGAGUAUUUAAGUGUGCCAGUGAUAAAAGGUGUAAAGAGUGAGAAUGAAAAGUUUGCCGGUAGUAAGAUGACCACUAGUUUGGAGUCAUUUAUUCCAGCUAACGGUAGAGGUGUCCAAGCGGCCACUUCACAUUUAUUAGGAACAACAUUCUCAGAUAUGUUUGAUAUAAGAUAUGAGGAUGAGGAAGGCGUGAAGCAAAAGGUCCAUCAGACUAGCUGGGGUUUCACUACUAGAAGUAUUGGGAUAAUGAUAAUGGUUCAUGGCGAUGAUAAGGGUCUUGUGCUUCCACCGCGAGUGGCUAAAGUCCAGGUAGUGAUUGUGCCAAUCAUGUCUAAAACCGCUGAGCAAGUGAUGUUGAGAGUUAACGAACUCUUUCAGCUGUUGACUGAAGCAGGAUUUAGGGUAAAGCUUGAUGAUAGACGUGGAUACACACCGGGAUUUAAGUUUAAUCACUGGGAACUCAGAGGCGUUCCACUAAGACUUGAAGUUGGCGCAAAAGACGUUGAAAAUAAUACUGUACGACUGGUUCGUAGAGAUAAUUUCGCAAAGUCUGAUGUGCCACUAGAGAAUUUGACUGAAACUAUACACCAAUUACUGGAUGAAAUACAAAAUAGUUUACUAACAAGUGCCAGAGAAAAGAUGGAACAGAGUAUUAUUAAAGCUUAUGAUUUUGAAGAAGUUAUGGUUGCUUUAAACAAUGAUAAAUUGAUAUUGGCUCCAUGGUACUCCAUUCAUGCAGACAAAUUCUGCUACUCCCUACUGGACUACUUAGUUAUAUCCUUCCUAACAUUAUUACUCCUUCAGUGUGAAGAACCUGAAACUGAAGAUGAAAUAAAACUGGAGACACAAAAACGCUCAGAAAACGUAUACCAACACAAUUUAUACAGUUAUAUAAUAGAUAGUUAA